AUGUACGGCGACGACAACUACCCCACUGCGGCGUGCAGUAGCGUUUCGAACACCACACCGUUUUCUAACCCCUCGGUAGAAGGGAGGGGUGCACGUGGCUUUUACUUGGCGUCGCUUUUUACCCUGCGACCGCGGCUGGUGACACGUACCACGGGCGACAUUAAUCUUGUACAAGAGUGUUGUAGUCGUCGACGUCACGGCGGUGCAGGCGGCGACGCCGUCGUCGGCCGCCGCUUUCGAUGCAGCCAAACCGCCGCCGCACCCCCUUCAAUUAUCGGACCACCGCCGUCACACACAACCUGGCCCCUCUGA